GCGGCUCGGCUGGCCGCCCCCGUGUCCCCGCACAUCUUGCUCCGCGCCGGCGCGGGCGCCUCUAGUUAUUUGUUAUUAUUUGAUCUGCGAUUGUUUUUGUUUAUGGUUACGGUUUCUGAGCGCCGAGUGACGGUAUUAUUUCAGCACGCGACACGAGCGGUGCCCCCAACUGGUUCACUGUGUAAAUUAAUUUAAUUUUACACACUAUGCAAUAGUUACCGUUAUUUAUCUAACCGUUUUUGGGUAAAGUGAAGUGACGGGCACAAGAAGUUACUGCUGCCAUAGAACAUUAAGCAACGCACUAUGGCACUGGCGGCCGCAGCUCUCUCAGAACGUAUCGAUAACCCUCCGCCUGGUGCGGUGGAGCUGCGCGAGGACGUACCACUGCAGGGCGGUGGCGAGGCGCGCCCGGGCUGCGCGGGGCCCCGUCUUAUCGCCGCCGCCUUCGCUGCACUUUCUGCCGCCGUCACACUGGCUUUGCUCACCCAGAUAUACUAUGGAGACUAUGAGGUGGUGCCGCACGGCUCGGUGUCGGCCUCGGUGCCGGCGUGCUCUGCGGGCGGAGCGCGGCUGCUGCGCGCGGGCGGGGGCGCGCUGGACGCCGCCGCCGCCGCCGCGCUCUGCCUCGCCGCUGCCGCGCCGCACCGCCUCGCCGCGCUCGACGCGAGCGGGUCGUUGCUGUACUGGGACUACCGGCGCCAGCACGAGGCGGCGCCCACGCUGGCCGAGUGGGGCGCGGCGGGCGCGGUGGGUGCGGGGGGCGCGGCGGCUCGCGCCUGGGACGCGCAGCCGGCCCGCCCGCCGCGCCUGCUGGCGGCGCUGGCGGCCCUGCACGCGCAGCUGGGCCGCCUGCCCUGGUCGCGGCUGCUGCAGCCCGCGAUAGACUACGCCGAGAGCUUGGCAACAGAUGAACCGGCCGCGACGACAGAGGCCGCAGGGGCGGCACCAGGCGGCGGUGCGGCCCCAGGCGCGGCUGUAGUGGCGCAACUAUUGCGCUCCGUGCAGUACAACAGCAGUAGAGGUGUGUGCUGCCUGAGAUAUUAUUCGGGAGAAUUAAUUUGUAGCGAGGGGAGACGCGUGCGCAGAACGACACGAAUGCACGUUGCAGUCCGGCAGGCGGGUGCAGUUAUAUCACCUGCAAACGGGGUGUCUACGGAUACGGCGGCGAGUGCGGCGGUCACGGGGGGCGCGGCGGUCGCGGGGGUUGCGGGGGGCUGGCGGCGCGACCCGCCGGGCCCGCCGCUGGACCUGGCGCCCGCGCUCAUCGCAGACCAGCACGUGUGCGGGUCGCGGUACGUGAUCGGCGCGGGCUCCACCGCUGCGCUCGCGGCCACUGCGCGCGCGCUCGCAGCCGGCGCGCCCCCCGCCGCCGCCGUCGAGGCCGCC